CACUGACCCUGUCAGACGCUUUCCAACACCACUCGUCUUUCACCAUUCGGCAAGCACACAUGAAUUUAAAAUAUUUGCGUAUUGUGCGUAAAAUCUAGUGCCUAUUUUCGAAAAAUGUUGCCACAGGAGCGUGUGGAGCAGUAUCAGAACCUCUUCAAGGAGACCCUCGACCGUAUGGGCAACGAGCUUCGCCUUUAUCAGGCCAAUAGAUCGUUUGAAAAGGGCGACAUUUUCCAUCACGCCGAAGUGCUUGCAGACCUGAGCCUGCGUGUCCAAGCCGUUAGAUGCAAAAAUCCAGCAGCAUGCUAUGCUCUGCUAACCGCAUGCCAUGAUGUAUUCACCAAGCUGUACAGAGCCAUAAUGGAGUUGUUGAAACAACUGGCUGUAUUGGAAACUCAUAAGGCCAUCUUCGAGGAGCAGUAUCACGGCUUCCUAGCCGAACUGGGAGAGGAAGAUCCAAAGGUUCCGAUGUCAUUGAAAUAUUUCUACGAUUGGGUGAAUGAUAUACUCGGUUCUUUGAAUAACCAUGCCAAGUACCUGGAGCUCAACCUCAACGGGGUGCGAUCAAAAUUUAUGAAGGGACUUCCCUUCCUCGACGACUUUAAGGAGGACUAUAAGUUUUCCGAGACCAUCGAAAUGAAAAUUUGUCUGGGCUUGAUCAAAAUGGAUAGAUUGUCUAAAAAUCCUAUGAAUUUAACCCAGUAAGAUGUACUGAACAGACUGACACAAAUUCUUAAUCGUAAAAUAGCAUUUAAAUAAUAUUAAUUAAAAGGGAAGAUACAAUCUUCCUCUGAUUGUU